AUGUCCAACAAUGUUGUUGGGCUAUCGACUAUUGACUCAACAAUGGUCUACUUUACAACACAAAGCUUAUGGAUUUUCAAAUGUCACAGAGAAAAUGAGACACCUUCUCAUUAUGGGACUGUUCUGAAUGUCCAUCAACAACAGAUGUCACAGGGUGAUGGAUAUGGGAGUAGCACCACUGAUUCUUCUCGAACUGGAAACUUUUAUGUUCCCACAACCUCAAAUACAUCAAUGAUGAAUAAUCAAAGUUCCUCUCAAAGUUCCUGCAUCAGGAAUGACAAGGGGGACACACUGACUGCAUUAUACUACCACAUUGUUAAGUCAUUGACCAACACAACUGUAAGUGCAUUAUACUACCCUGUUUUGUUGAAAAAAGCAAUACCUUUGUGCUUCCCUGCUUGUUGCCAUCCAUGGCUGUUAUGUGAAUCUUUGUUGGUUUGCAGAAAGAAAAGCACAUGGAUGACCCUUGCAGCUCGAUUUGUUGUUGUGAUCCAAACACCAUGGUCCAGUCCUUGUGAUUGCCCUCAACAUUGCAUUCUUGCAAGCAGUAGUCCCACACUUGGCUUAAAUCUAAUUGGAGAAGGAACAAAAUCCCAAUUCCGGAUUGCUAGGGCCCACUUUUGUAGCGAUCCGGUGUACUCAAUUGAACGCCUUCGCGAAGAGAAUGAUGCGGUUAUUUUAGCAGUUGGGGCAACAAAGCCACGAGACCUCCCUGUUCCAGGACGUGAGCUCUCAGGUGUGCAUUUUGCAAUGGAAUUUCUACAUGCGAAUACUAAAAGCUUAUUGGAUAGCAAUCUUGAAGAUGGAAACUAUAUGAGAGGAACCAAACAUAGCGCAUUGUACUCUCAUUUAUUUUCUAACUAUAACAAUAUACUUCCAUUUUCUUAA